UCGGUCAUCCGAAGACGUCCUGGUCAGUCAGUCAGUCGGUUAUCGGUUAAGCGUCCGACAGAGGCGACACAAUGUCUGGCUGUGUGAAGCAACUGGCCAUCUUCUGCGUGGCGGUUGGCGUACUGCAGGCGAUCGCAGGAGUGACAGCAACGGGAUUACCUUGUGCAUUGCGCCGUUACCCCAGUGGAUCGGUAUGCGUGUGCAACGUGACGUACUGUGAUACGCUCGAGUUUGUGGAACCGACGGCCAGCGGAAGCUUCGUGUUGGUAUCGAGCAGUAGCGCCGGAUUACGCUUUGCGACCACCGAAGGGAAUUUCUCAGCCAGCAGCGUACGGCGACGACCGACCGAUGACGAGUUGACGGUGAUAACGAUCGAUUCGCAAAGCCAAUUCCAAACGGUGCAAGGUUUCGGUGGUGCGUUUACCGGUGCCGUGUCAUACAAUCUGGCUAAACUGCGUGCCCCGCUGCGUGAAAGCCUCUACAAAGCGUACUACUCGCGGACGGUUGGCAUUGGGUAUAGCUUUAUGCGUGUACCGAUCGGUGGUUGUGACUUUGAUCUUGCACCCUGGGCGUACAACGAGCAACCGAUCAACGAUGGGGCACUGUCCAACUUUACUACGCUGGAUGACCGGGAUAUGGUGAAAGUGUCACAGAUCCAGGAGCUAAUCCGUAUCACCGGGAAUCCCGAUAUCCGCCUCAUCGGUGCGGCCUGGAGUCCGCCACGUUGGAUGAAAACGAAUAACGACUGGACCGGGGCUAGCCGGUUGAAACAGGAAUACUAUCAGGCCUGGGCUGACUAUCACGUGCGCUACCUGGAGCUAAUGAAGGCGGCCGGUCUCGGCUUUUGGGCCAUCUCGACGGGUAACGAACCGCUGAACGGUGUGAUCGGUUUUCUCUUCAUUCACUUUAUGAGUCUAGGCUGGACGGCUCAGGAACAGGGUCGCUGGGUUGGCCAGUUUCUUGGUCCCGCGCUGAAACGUUCGUCCGUUGCCGAGGUAAAGCUGUUCGGUUGCGAUGAUCAGCGGUACACGUUUCCCUGGUGGUUCGCUCUGAUGGACCAGGGACAUCCCAACGCGACAAGUUAUCUGGAUGGACUAGCGGUUCACUGGUACUGGGAUGGUGUGGCACCGGCCGCUCUGCUCGAUCAGACCGCCCGAAACUAUCCGGGCAAGUGGAUAUUCAAUACCGAAGCUUCGCUCGGCGAUAAACCGCUGCAACAGCACCGCCCGAUACUCGGUUCCUGGGAUCGUGCCGAAUCGUACAUACUCUACAUCCUGCAGGAUCUGCAGCACAGCGUGAACGGUUGGAUCGACUGGAAUCUGGUGCUGGACGAACGGGGUGGACCGAACUAUGCGAAGAACUAUGUGGAGAGUGCGGUGAUCGCGAACAUUACCUCGAAGGAGGAAGCUUACAAGCAACCGAUAUACUACGGUCUCGGGCACUUUUCACGCUUCAUACAACCCGGCUCUAUCCGGUUGGCAGCCCAAAGUACGAACGGCAAUGUACAGGUCGUGGCGUUUGAGCGGCCAGACAAACGCACGACCGUUGUCCUUUACAACAAAGCAAACACUCCCCAGACGGUGCAGGUGGAAGACAAACGCCGUGGUGCCAUACGACUUCGCGUUCCUGCAAAAUCAAUACACUCGUUACUGUACAUCUAGUCUGUAGAAACACAGCCCUCUGGCUGGACCAUUCAAUUGUGUUGGAAGAA